GAGCGCAUCCUCCACGGUGCCCCCGGCAACUGCGCUCGUACUAAUUACCGCCCUCUGCCCCUGUUCCCAUCAGGGUCUCCUCCUCCCCCCAGGCCAGACCAUGCUGAAAUAGUCGGCACCGCGAGCGUUGAUUCCCACUUUCGUCCUUCAUUCCCUUUUCUCGCACACCACCGCUUCACUCCUUUAGCGGGCACUCGUUUCCAACAACCAGCCAAAACAAAAACAAAAAACCCGGCGGCACAGCUUCGGUUCGUGCGCGGCAGCAACGGAAAUCAUCAUGAAGGCAGCGGUAUUGGCAACCGCCGCGGCGAUGGUCGCCGGCGGCGUGAGCGCGGCCGGCUCUCACGGGCACCGCCAUGCUCACCGGGCCUUGUUUGAGAAGAAGGGCCUGGACAGCGCCGACGGCAUCUGCACGCCCGGCUGCACCACCAUCUACACCACCAUCACCGGUGAAGCGACGCGUAUGUGGCCAGCCCGGGAGCCCAUCGGGAACGGGAAAUGGGGGGGAGGACGCUUGAAGCAACGCUGACCGACUCCGCAGUCGUCCCGCCCGCUCCCCAGACGAGCACGCCCGCUCCCCAGACGAGCACGCCUGCUCCUGUGCCCACCACCACGGCUGGCCCCAUCACCGUGCCGACUCCGAUUGCCCAGACCUGCCCGACCCCGGGUACCUACUCCUUCCCCGCGACGACCGUCGUGGUGACCGAGACGACCACCGUCUGCGGCGCCUCGGUGACCACGGUGCCCAGCGGCACCCACACCCUUGGCGGUGUCACGACCGUGGUCGAGACGGCCACCACGGUUGUCUGCCCCUACGCGACCACCGAGACCCAGCCGAACGGCGUCGUCACCAGCGUGCUCAAGACCACCACCUACGUGUGCCCCUCGGCCGGCACCUACACCAUCGCCCCGAUCACCACCCACGUGCCGAGCGUCACCACCGUCGUCGUGCCCGUCGUCACCACCUACUGCCCGGGCACCUACACCGCUCCCGCCGUGGUCACCACCGUCACCGAGACCGAUGUCGUCGUCUACUGCCCCUUCACCUCCUCCGAGGCUCCGGCACCGACCACUGUCCCGGCCUCCACCUCGGCUCAGGCGUCGCCUGCGCCUGCUCAGUCGUCGUCGGCUCCCAGCCUUGGCGGUGGCAACGGCAAGCUGUGGGCCAUCACUUACACCCCUUACACCGCCAGCGGUGAUUGCAAGAGCGCCAGCGAGGUCCUCAGCGACGUGGCCGACAUCGCCAAGGCUGGCUUCACCACCCUGCGUGUCUACUCGACCGACUGCGACACGCUCCCCAACGUUGGCGCGGCCGCUCGCGCCCACGGCCUCCGCAUGAUUGUCGGCAUCUUCAUCGGCGAGGUCGGCUGCGACAACGCCAGCCCCGACGUUGCCGACCAGAUCGCCGCCCUCAAGGAGUGGAAGCAGUGGGAUCUCGUCGACCUCUGCGUCGUUGCCAAUGAGGCCCUGGCCAACGGCUUCUGCACCGUGUCCCAGCUCACCGAUCUGAUCACGCACGUCAAGUCGGAGCUCGCUUCGGUCGGCUACACGGGCCCCUUCACGACCACCGACGUGGUCGCGUCCUGGAUCAACAACGACGUCUCGUCCAUUUGCGCCGUCAUCGACUACGUUGCCACCAACGCGCACGCCUACUUCAACGCCCAGACCCUCCCCGCCGCUGCCGGCACGUUCGUCGCAGGCCAACUCGCUAUCGUCGAGAAGGUCUGCGGCAAGUCCGGCUUCGUCCUGGAGACGGGCUGGCCUACCGCCGGCAACUGCAACGGCGUCGCCUGCGCCGGCGAGAGCGAGCAGCGCACCGCUAUUGAGGCCAUCAAGAACGAGCUCGGCGAGAAGGUCGUCUUCUUCUCCUUCCGCGACGACCCCUGGAAGCAGCCUGGCGCAUGCAACUGCGAGCAGCACUGGGGCUGCGCUUCCGUCUUUGGCGCUUAAGCUUUUUCCAGCCGGCCGUGGUCCCGUCGGCUACCUGGGAACCAGCUCGUCUGCCGCCAAUUUUUUCAGAUAUUUCAAACAUGAGAAAAUCGUUCAGCUGUAAGCUGCCUCCCUCUGAUCUAAGCGUGUAUAUAUCCGUACCAUAUUUUUUUCCUGGUUUGGAUCUGUCAACCCGAAGUGCACCUUGGGAUUGAGAGAGCGAGCGCAAUGAGAAAAUUGCUGCAGUUGGCAUACAAUGGGCGCGACGCUUCGGUGGGAAGUGUGUGAAGGUCUCUAUUUGGUCGUGGAGUUCAUGACGUCGGCUACGAUCUGAUUUUUGACCGGGUACCUGCG